AUGUACGGAUUAAAUAAUGUCGAGAUGUCCAGGAAGUUUUCGAUGUAUCAGAUGUCAGGAAUAGUGGAAUGUAUUGAAAGGGCGCUCAUCAGCCGCAGCUUGUCGGAGAACCUAUAUUGGAAUCGUAAAUGCCCAAUUCUCAAAACUAUUGGAAAUAUGGAGAUUAUGUACGAUGCCGAGAUGUCCACUUCGCCUUCUUCAGUGAACUUCGUGAACUUUCUUAUUUUCAGUUUUUCAACUGUUUUUUGUGUUGAUUUCUUUCUCUGUCCUCGUCGAAGAAGCAACUACUUGGCCUUCCAGGAUGGAUCGGUGGUUUUCAAUGUCAUGAAUAGUGGAAUGGAUUGA